AUGGAUCCGGAGGUGGUCGUCGUUAAGAAAUCUGAUCCAAAAUGUCAGAAGUCGGAGAUCGGUGAGGAGAAUUGCGAUGCUAUGUCGUCGUCGUCAUCGUCAUCGUCCUCUUGCAAUGGUUAUUCCUCAAGUGAAGACUCGCUAGGUUACACUUCGGAGGAUUCUCGUUUAUUCGAAGAAGAACACAAGAGAAGUGGGAGUUACGACUUUGACGCCUCGAGAGUAGGAGCCAUAGUGGUGUUUCACCUUGUUGUCUUCGAGGAGAGCUACUAUGCCACAGAACCAGAAACCGACGGAGAGUUGAUGGCACGAUUAUCAAGAGCUGCUCUUGAGAAAUACAAUAAUGCUGAGAACAAAAAACUUGAGUUUGUGAGAGCUGUCAAGGCUAAUUGGAGUCUUGGAGGGGGACACAUUUUCUCCAUUACAUUUGAGGCUAAGGAUCCUUCUUCUUCCAGUGACACCAUACCUUUUCACGCUAAGGUUGGAUGGAUUCCACUGGAUACAAGGGUCUACGAUGUCAAGCCUAAAACAUGA